UCAGUCACUCUCGGGAAGCACGUGUGAAAGGUGUUACUCUUUCGUCUUUCAGAUAAUUAGCUAAUUUGGUGAUUAUUGCUCUCAAAUAAUCUCUAUUUUGUUUAGAUUUCCGUAAGUAUUAUCUUAAUUUCUUCACCAAGGAUGAUGACAACGCAAUUGUCAAGAGCUCCGACCUCAACUUGGUCGACGCUUUUCCCAACCGAGCAGAAUACUCUCUCACAGUCGACUCUCUUUGUGAAAAAACUGCUAGCUGUUGGACUCUCCUCCAUCACGUACUUGAGGACUCUCUUUCCAGAGGGAGCUUACAGUGACCGCGACCUCGAUGGACUGAAGCUGAAAAUGCUGCAAGACAACUCAGAGUGCCAAGGUGCCAACACGCUCGUCUCCUGGAUCAAGAGUGCCUUUCAAGCCCUGGACAAGCAGUAUCUGCGCCAGUUGACUCUAACUCUACACACCAAUCCUAAGGAAUACAAUAAAGCCCUUGAGUCUUACACGUAUAAGAUCUGGUACAGCGACAAUAAGGAAGCCUUCAUCAGUGAGCUCGUUACCAAUAUAGACUCGGUUGAAAAGAAACAUGAUGUGAGGAGGUCAACCCAAAAGAUGCUACGUACAGUCCUCCUGCUCACCCAGUCCCUCAAACCACUGCCCAGCAAAGUCUUUGUCACCAUGCAGCUACAUUACUAUGAUAAUGUUACACCUCCUGAGUAUGAACCAGUGGGAUUUAAGGCUGCAGCAUCCACAGACAGCCACAGCUUUGGUGACCCAGUAACAAUAAAGGUUGGUGAUGUCUCUACACCUUUCCAUACUGUCAAGCUUCGAGUAACUGUGAACAAGGCUGUUUAUUCUGAUGACAAAGAGGAAAAUGUACUGCAAGACCAGACAGGACAUGACAACAAGGAGAAUCCCCAUGAAGUGAAUGAACAGGCAGAAUCAACUGUGUUAGAGAAUGCAGAGGAUCCCCUGCCUUCUAGCGAUCCUGUUAUCAUCCGCUGCCAUAAGCGCUCCACAAAGCCCCUUGCCACCCUUGGUCCACAAUCAGGUCACAAGCCACAGGAAUCACUGACCCCCAAGGAUGAACAAACAUCAAGCAUGUGUUUGGAGAAAGACAAGCAAGAUUCCACAGGAGCUGAUCCCCAGCUCCAGUCUGAAAGCACUCCACAGGAUGACUGCGUGCCAAGUAUCACUCCCGUGUCCAAGACCUGCACAGUGGCACAGGUUGUUUCUAUUGGGAGUGGUGAGGAAAUGCAGAUUGUCCCAGAGGUUGAACCAAAGGAGGAACAGGAGGGGUGUACCAGUGUUCGAAGAAGUCGCCGCUUGCUCUCCCACUCAUCUGCUGUCACCCCCACUGCAUCAGGCCAGGGUCUUAGUGGCACAUCAACCAUGAAAGAUGAAGAGCCUGUGAGGUGUGAAUGUGGGGUACACCAUGAUGAUGGCCUCAUGAUAUUAUGUGAUGUCUGCAAAACAUGGCAGCAUGCUUUGUGCUUCAAAUUGUCAAAGAAGGAAGAGAUUCCUGAGCAGCAUGUGUGCCUGCAGUGCUCUGUCACCUCAGGCUUGCCUUGUACCGAUUCCUCCUUCAGGGACAUGAGAAAGAAGAAGGUCCAGCAGAUAUGCCUUAUCCGCCGUGCUUUGGAAUUCCUAAGGGGCUACCAUGCCCGAGUGUCAGUCGCCAAAUUGGCCCAGCGCCUUGGAGUGGACAUUUCAAAGGCCCGGAAACUGAUGAGUCACUUAGAAGCUAUGAUGGUCUUUGAGGGUAAAGGGAAAAGGCAUCGAGUGGUAAACAAAACCAAAAUAGCGUCUACAUAUUUAGAAUACUUCGGAAGUCAGCCAGUGCUUAUGGAAGGAGAAGAAUUUGAAGAUACUCAGGUGUUUCAGACACCAAAGCAAGUGUCCCAAGAGGUAGGCUGGGAUUCUGAUAUGACACCAGACAUCAACCUGCCAACGCAGGUCUUAGACAGUGAAAUGGAGAGCUUGCAGGAUACUCCUACCCCUGACUCUCAGGCCACACAAGUUGUAGCAGACACGGACAGUCAGAAGACCACCCAGUUCAUUAGAAAGUCUGAAGGGGAAAGACUUCUCUCCACAUACCCAGGGGAAGUGGUAGAUAGCACUCAGGAUGUCCCAGUUGGAACACAGAAGAUUACUCUUGGGACUGGUUUGGAUGAAUCCUUUAGCAUUUACAGCCCAGCCGGUGCAUCUCAGGCCUUUGCGACUGCUGGGAACACUGUUGCAACAUUAGGGGAAGAAGUAGAAGAAAUGACCGACAUCUGUUCUAAUCCUGUUGACAGCACUACUCUAGCUGAUGCAGACACAGUACAAGUCAGCAAAAGCAGCUGCAAUGAGACAUCAGUGACUAACACAUUUGUCACAGAACCUGCCAACACAAGUCAAGAACAUACUACAGAGAAUCCAGGAAAGUCUGCUGCACUUAUUUUUGAGUCAGCUGACAUUCAGAAGUCAGCAGGUGGCUCAGACCUCCAAGAGAACCAGUCACAGGUGAAUAAUGAAAAUUUACAAGAAGUGGCAUGUAGGAGUGUAGAGUUACAUGUUGAAAAUCCUGCAUCACGUAGGGCUCUGAUGACACGCAGCAACAGACUGUCACGAAACAAGGCCAAAAUGGCUGUUACAGUGAGCUUGAACGACUUUGAAAUCAGCAGCUCCCAGGGUUCCCCGACACAAGAACACCACCGGAAAGGAAAGCGAGCCAAGAUUGUGUAACAAAUAUGUGAUGAUUUGGAAAAGAACAGGGGAGACCUUGAAAAACAGAAGUUUAAGACAUGAAAUUAAGUUCAGUUUAGCUUUUUUAAAAAUGCAGAUUUCUUUGCCAAGAUUUUUUUUUAUCAUUCCAGUUACAGUAUCAUUUAUUUGGAAGGGAAAUUGUUAGUACUCUCAUGAAUGCAGGAUAAAUUUGUUAUUUUUGAGAAUAUAUCAAUUUUUUUAAGGAAUUGUUUCUGAAAAAUAUUUUCAGUCUGUAAUUCAGUUGUGGAAUUUUAGUGGAAAAACUCAGUUUAAAAUAGUUGAAGAGAACACUUGGCUUUUCUGUUUUCUUGCAUAUAUGUUUUAGUUUGUCUCCUUGACAGGUCUUUAGUCUUUUUUUUAUUAUUAUUAUUAUUAUUAUACUUUCAUCUGAUUUUAUAAAUAUUUAGUUAUCCUUCCUCUAUCAGUCAGGAAAAGCAUAUUAUUUAGCAUUUCGUUGAUAUAAUGUUCUUUACAUGUUGAUACAAAUGAUAUUUUUUGAUGAAUGAUAAGGAUUUACCAAAAAAGGUUUUUAUUUUCAUGCAUGAUUUUAAAAAAAGUCAUAAUACCCAUAAUGCAGGAAGAAAACAAUUUUGCUUGUCUCGGAUUCCUCAAAUCUGAAUCAUUGUAUAAUCUGAUGAUAAUAGUUUUCCACAUUAGUAAAUUCAAACAUGGAUCUGGUAAAUACAGAGUAUGGUGAUAAUGAAAAAUUGACUACUAUAGUAAUUUAUCUUCACCAACUCAUUCAGAUAUGACAGUGACAAAGUAAUAUUCCCAAAGAGGAAUGAAUGCACAGAUGCCAGGAGUUGUAUCCCUAAUUUUUUUAGCUUCAUUGCUUUAUAACAGUUUUCAUAGCAAUGUCCUAAUCUUUACAGAGUUGACGUGGUAGUUUUUGUAAGAUCCAUAUAAAACAAAGUUAUCUUUUGAUAUAUCUACUGAAAUUGAAUCUUUUCUUUUUAGGCUCACAUUAAUUCGCAAUUACAGCAAGUCAGAGUUUGCAUAUUUGAUGUAAUGGAGUAUAUCUGGAUUUUUUUUCUUUUACCAGUUGCAAAUAUGAAUAAAUUAGUACUAACCAACAACACCCACAUAUGACUGCUUACCUACCUUGAGCACACUGGAUCAUGCAACUGUCUUAAUACUGCACAAAAGGAUAUUUCAUAUAAAUGAUCAAUAAAACAAGUAUCAAUUACAAUGUAUUUACUUGUACUUAAACAUAACAUGGAAUGUGUGUAUGUCAAAGACAAGAGGUAAAUUUAAAUAUUAAUACAUAUGAUAAAAUGUCUCAACUUGUUAAUAUUGAUCAAUAACAAUGAAUGAAAAUACAGGUGAACAUUUUCAGUGUCAAUGCAAAUGAAACUAUCAAACAAUAUAAAAUGUCAAAACCACAUAGCGGUACAGGUAAAAAAAUUUACACCUGCUGAUGUUAACAUGCCCAUAACAUCAUUGUAGUGUUGAAACUGGGAAUUCACUAACUAAUCUUUAAGGGUUAUUCUUCAUGCUCUGAUGAAAGAAAUGCACCUUGCACUUUGUGUAUCUCAGAAUUUGUAGCUUCUAUUUAGAAGAUAUGGAUCACCAUGAAUCACACCAUAAACUAUCAUACAAGGACUACCAACAGACAAAAAUACAACAGUUAUAAUAACCACAUUUGUUCGUCUUUGUAAAAAAAA